AUGUCAACGAUGAAAGCCCUCCUCCUCACCAAAACAGGCGAAACACCAAUCCUAUCCUACACCACCGUCCCAAAACCAACCCUGACCCCCGGCCACCUCCUCAUCAAAGUCAAAGCCUCCGCCAUCCAACCCAGCGACCUCAUCAACUCCAAAGGCGGUUUCCCAUUAACAAUAUUCCCACGCAUCCCCGGCCGCGACUUCUCCGGAAUCGUGGUCGAAGGUCCCCAAAACCUCAUCGGCACCGAAGUCUUCGGCACAAGUGGAAACAAGCAAGCCUUCACCACCGACGGUGCACAAGCCGAGUACAUCCUCGUCCCAGAAGCAGCCGUAGCUCCAAAACCUAAGAGUUUAUCUUUCACACUCGCUGCUACAAUCGGCGUGCCUUAUACUACUGCCUCAACAGCGCUACGCAGAUCCGGUGCGAAGAAAGACGAUUUCGUGCUCGUCAUCGGCGCGAAUGGCGCCGUGGGCUCAGCAGUCGUGCAACUAGCUAAAGGCAAAGGAUGUAAAGUCCUCGAAGCAUCGCGGCAGGAAAGCGCGGAUGUGAAUACCGCGAGCGAUCCUCAGUUAUCCGCCAUCGACGCCCUAACAAACGGACAAGGCGUCGCUGCCAUCAUUGACACGGUAGGCCAACCUGCGCUCACUUCCGCAGCGGUUGCGAAAUUGGCAAGAGGUGGGACGCUUGCGUUUAUUGCUGGCCCGAGAGGCGGAAAUCAGGAUUUGACGUUUAACAUGGUGGAUUUCUAUCGGGGGGAGAGGAAUCUGGCGGGUGUGAAUACGCUUUUGUAUUCUGCGGAGGAGUAUGCGGUGGAUUUGAGGGGUGUUGGGGAGAUGUUUGAUGGGAAUUUGUUGGUGCCUGGGAGCGAGUGGAAACAGGUUAGGCUGGAGGAGGGGGUUGCUGGGUAUGAGAGUGCGGCGGUGAAGGGGGCGGGGAAGUUUGUGGUUGUUAUGGAUUGA